AUGUGCAAAACAACACUCACGCACUUCAACUGUCAAUGUACAGCCCUCGUAGUUCACUCAUGCGCCCUUGGUUUUCCACUCGGUCGUAUGGUCUGUGGUCCACCUAACCUCAUCAAGAAAGAUAUAUAUGUCUAUUCAGACUGCGAUGAUUGUUUGAGCGGCGCCCCUUUAAGAGAGGAGAAACGAAAUAGACUGGAAAAUAGGACAAGCGAGAGAUGGUUGGAAUUUGUGGAAGAUGUGAUCGCCGAUGGCGAUGAACAUGGUGAGGAGGUGGAGGAAAUUAGAUUGGAAUGUGCGGAUGAGAGAGUAGGGGAUGAAGGAGAGGGUGAAGUUUAUGAUGGGGGUAAAGAUCGUGAUAGAUGUUUGGGUGAGGAAUGGGAAGUUUUGAUGAAUAGACAGAAAAGCAAGGGCGGGUACCAGGAAGAGAACGAAGACGAAGAUGCACAAUUGUUGGCUGCUCAAGAAGCACUCCAAUCUGAGAUCGAAAACUCCGAAGACGCCUCCGAUGAAGAUGUUGAUUUGGCUGCUGCUGCUCAAUUACUAUCAGCGCUUAGACAGGAACUCGGGAAGGAUGAGAUGAUUUCGCGGGACGCAGAUAUUGAUGAGAGUGAGGAGGGUAAGGAAGAGAGAGAUGAUAAGGAAUCUAAGGCGCAUGUGCAGACUAUCAUGGAGAAUUUGGGGAAGUUGAGAGAUAGGAGUGAAAGAGUGGAGGUUGAUUCUAUGAUUGCGGAGCAGGAAGACUGGGGGAUGUAA